UUUAAAUAUAAUUCAUGAGCAAACUCACCGUGCAAUGCGGUGUAAACCCCGUUGUUACGUUAGCAUCCGCAGGUGGGUUAUCUGAUACGGACUCCAGAGUAAGUGUCGUUCAUGCUCACCUUCAUGUUCUAUUAGCACACUUUGUGGGAUGCCCGGAAGAAUCUGGGUGGCGGACUGAUAACAAGGACCAGCGGCAUACAUCUCUGUUAGAAAGAUCAUGCCACAUUCUUUGUCUCACUUUCGGUGUCUCAUCCAAAGGUUCUGCGUUGUCUGCUGCAUCGAGAACUUUUUCCCGUUGUGCAUCUUGCGGCCACCGUUUUAUUAAUCUGUGACGUCGCUUUCAUAAGAUAGAUAUACGGGACAUUAAAUGGGAGCACGUGCAAUAACUUGAUCAACUAGGCAUGCUUUAAACCUUACAACCACUAUUUUAAUCUAGAAUAAAAAAAACUGCAUACUAAUACGUGAUAAGACGACGACAGUUGGGAAGAUGAUGUCAGAUUUCAACUUGCACCAAUAUAUACUGUCCCCGAUCCAUGAACGUUAUAUGAAGCUAUUAACUCGUAGAAACGUAGGCAUGAGAAGGAAUACAUUGACAAAACGACAUACAAUUAGUGCAGCCGUUUGUAUGAGAACGUAAAAUUCAACACGCGACGAGCAGCGAUGCAUGACAAGGGUGAUCAAUGGAUAAUGCAAUUCAAGAUCACGUAAUUUGACCUUGGGAAAGUCAAACAAUUGCUGAGAUGAAAACCAAGCACACAAUGUUGGAAACAAACAUUCUACAACUGUCAAAUAUCGCAAUGUUGCAGCAAGCAGUUCAGUUCCAAAUCAAUAAAAUAACAUCAAAUUUCAAUGCAUUUUCAUACUUACUUUAAGAACUUUCGUCAAAUGUUCUAACUAGACAUUAUGACGUAUUGUGAUUGAGAGGCUGCAUUAUAUAGGCCAACAUUACCUACCGCAUGGACGCUCGAUUGACGCACACUAUAUGGUUAGCGGACUUCUUCAUACACACCAACUUUACAACUUCUUUUGUUAAACCCAGAACCGUGGCUAUCCUCUAAAUUGAUGCCUCUUUAUGGUCGUGUUGCACAAGUUGGAUCAACGUCAGUAACGAGUGCGUCUCCAAAUUUGCGGUGACAUAUUGACCAUUACUUAUUUUCUUAGGUGGUUGCAACCUCCAGGGAUCUUUCUGUCCAACGCUUUUACAGGACAGUUCUCCGGUGGGAGGCUGAUGGACCAUACCUUUGAACAUGCUGUGCCGACGGAACUUUGUUCUCAAGGUCCUAGGUCUACCCAUCCACCCCCACCCCAGUACCCAUUUCAGGCUGUUCGUAGAGAAAGAACACGCGUGCUUCAGCCUUUAACCGGACGUGGUGCUUUUGACGCUGAUCUAACGCCAUCCUCAAACAGACGAAGGAAUACAACCGUCCGACCAAGCUUCUGUAACACAUGCACUUCAGUUGCAACGAUCGCUAGUCCGGAUUGAAAUAAAUGCCUCUGCCUAUGCACCACAGACCUCAUACUUACCACGCGUACCACCUCAUGGGGGUGUGACAAGACCAUCCGUUUUGUAUAGCCCAACUUUGACAGGAAGGCAGUCGGGCACAAGAGUCUGUUCCAGUCCUCUCAAGCCCCCUACUAUCCGUCCGGAUACCUUGACCACCGCAGAUCCAAAACGAACACCGCUGCUUUCGCGUCUCUUGGCACCUGGAUUCGCCUUAUCAGUAAGCAGCAGCCCCGACGGAUCAUCGUCCACAGCUACUUCGGCAUCUGCGGUUCAAGUGGGCGAGUCCGAACGUAAAAAGCGGCCGCAUGUCAGAGCGUCCCAAACUUCAUUUUCUUCAGCUAAAUCGAUGCAGCAGCAGUACAAAUACAGAAUGUCUGGUUUCGAUUCUCCCAUUUCGGGCAAGUCUGGUACCGCCACUAUCUCUGUGGAUUCCUCCUCCAUACGCGCACGGGAGCCUGGAUUCUCAGCCGCCGAUGAAGCUGAUGCGCGGUUUCUUUAUGGUCAACGUAUGGCCAGUUCGUCCCCAGACAGUGACGGUAGUAUUCGGUCCACCCGGGAAUCCAACGCAUUUUAUUUUGACAGAUAUUGUGGUUGCGGUAAUCAAACUGGAGUUUCGCGUAGAACGCUUUCUCCCCGAAUGGAACUCGCGGAACUGAGUAGGUGUUACGUGGCAGAAGAAGAAGAGGCCGACGAACAAGAUUCUGAACUAAACGAAAAGUCAGUGGAUAGUGCUUCCCAGGUUCCGCUUCGUUCGAACGAAGUAGCCAGCAUUCCCGAGGCGUUUCAUCGCCUUUCUCAUUCCUACGUGAAUGAGGAUCAAGAUAUGGCCAUCUGCCAUGUUGAAGACAUGGAACUUUUUUACGGGGAGCACAUAUCAUCGACCGGUCAACCAUCGCGCGAUGUUAUGAACUUCUCUGCUGAUAACGAAGCGGAGAUGUCUCAACGGACACGCCUUGUUCAGCAUAAGCAGCACCCACCCAUUUGCAUUGAAGAACCUGUCCCAUCUCUAUAUCCAAGGCAAGCAAGUUUCUUCCGUUCGGCCCGCAACCGUUCUCAAUCUAAUCCAAUCAGAGACUAUGUGAACAUCCCGGAGGCCGCUCUGAUCAAUUGGCUUGCAACUACCGUGACCACUCAAUUACCUAUACUGAACGGUGGAAUUUACUAUCUUGGCUCGGAUAACCGCAUUCCCGGAGCGAUCUCAGAUGAUCGCACGAUUCCACCAAUCAGUUACACACAUCCACCACCACCUCCACCUUAUCGUCCUCAUUCUUCUAUACGGUCCAGGAUGCUUGCGCAUUGCGAUCCACUGCAGCCGAACAACGGUACCUUAUACCAUGUUGCUCAAGAUUCAUUUGCUUAUAAUCCGUUUUCGCCCGCUGGUUUCACUGUCAUUUCCACGUCAGCAACAUGCCAGACUCCCGGAGUGUUCUGUUUCGGACCUCAGUGGAUAGUUCAACAGCCCCAAUAUCCCACCGACCAACACCGGCUUGAACCCUCCCGUUGUCCUCCAUCAGAACAGGAGCGUGCGUUUGUGGGAUCUGAUGCUGAUGUUCAUCAUGGAGUCCGAAGAGGAUUACCCCUAUUCGCUGAUAUUCCACCAUUGAGUGCAGACUUCGCCAUCACCACCGCAUUCUCAACCUUUUCGCCACGAAUGACAGCAGUUAGCGGUUGGACUAUGCGUUGCUGUACUCGUGCUCCUCCAGCCAUCAUAUGCGACAGUUUAAGUGGUGGGCCAAGUAAAUUGGAUUCCGUCAGUUUAGCUGGCCAUAUGGCUUCAGACUCUUCACCGAGCACCCAAAACCCACCCAAUGAAUUUGACAUCAAUGAGUUGCGGAGAGAGAACAAAAAGCUGCGCGCUUUACUUCGUGAGGCCACCACUCGUUUGCAAUAUGUCGAUGUGUUGGAAUGGCACUUGCAGCGAUUAAGCGUACUCGUGGAAUCUAUGCUGGCAUCACACCAUCGCCAAUGCGAGCUGGACCAUCAGCUGCACAGGUUCUCAUACCCAGAUAUUUACAACACGGAGCCCAGACCUCCCGGACCCUACGUUUCACCAUCAAUGCCCCCUAUGGAAUUCAUUCACCACGCCGUAUCCGCCAGUCCUGGUAGCUUACCAUCAGUACCAACAUUCGUCCCAUACUGCCCCGUAGUAUACCAUCCAUUCCAUGCUGGAGGUUCUAUGGGGUUACCAGUAGCACCGCAAAAGUCACGCGUUGCACUAACGUCAGCUGGAUACCCCAGUUACAGUCGAGGAUCCCAUGUUCAUGAGAUGCAAUAUGGCCCUGAUUUUCACUUUGGUCGCCCGAGCCGGCCUCAUGUACAAGCGCCUACUUGGCCUCGCACUGUAUCGUUGGAUCGAGUAAAUGGCGUCGGAUUUGCACCCGGUUGCGCGGCCCACAUGCUUCCAUCCGGUUGGAUUCCAGAGAAACAUUUUCACAAGAAGAAACACACUGACCACAAAGAUGUCCACGUGACCGAUGAUCUGAUUGUGUUACCUAAGAAACAAGCGACAAAUCCACCGGCACCGUUCCUUUCGGUUCAAGUCACACGCCGCCGGCUGGUCAACCAACAGUGUCCUUCCACUGUAGGACACUCAGAACGCUGCACCGUGCGCUCAAACUCUGGCAUUGCUCCAUAUGUUAAGCGUCGUUUCCCGUUAUCGAGUGGUGGUCAAUCAUCCUCCAGACCAAUAGGGGUCAGUCUCAUCACUCGGCAGCCUGAGUUUGACGAGGAAGAGACCAUCAAGCACCUAAAUCCUCACACGGAGACGUUGCCUGUCAAGGUGGCUGUCAGUUCUGUCUAUCAGGUCGCCACUGCAUACCGCGUUUGUCUGGCUGAUUCUGGAGCGCAAACCGAUGAGGUGCAAUUGCAAUCUGCCGCACAACUGAUGACACCUUUAGGAACGCGAACAGUGCAGUUCUCAUCCAGCACAGUGGCACCACUUCGCCAAGUCGAUCAUGUGUUCCUCCGCGAGCAAGCCAAUGACGUUCCGCUUUCCUCUGACUCCGUUCUAAACAACUGCGAAAACUCCGAAUUGCAGGACGGUGCGAAGUCCGUCGGAUAUAGCAGUGCGAACGCUACCACAGAGGCUGAUGGUAGUGGUAGUUAUGAGGGCAUUUCUCUACCCCGAGCAAUGCAUACCAAGCAGUCAGAGCCGGUGCAUUCAAGGAAAGACCUUUCACCCACCAAAGCUCAAUACGCACCCGCUUUUCCCACGUCCUGCGCCCUUCACCGAGUGGAUUCGGACCAUCUUCCUAGAGUACCCUCUGGAGAUCGGUCGCUGUAUCAAUUCCCGUGCACUCCUGUUCCGACCCAGGCAACACAUCCACUUCCGCUGUCUUCGGCACCCCCUCAAACACAUCUGCGUUCCCAAUUUUCCCCGGAGGGUAGGCCACCAACGCUCGCAGACUUCACUAACUCCGCAAAUAAGCCAUGUCUUGAUCCCCGUUACGGUUGGUCCACCAGACCUCCAGUGGCCGGAGCUCAUCGGGUGGUUGAAUCCCACCAAAAUGUUGAGGCGCUGUUUACCCGAACCUCUGACCAAUCCGUCCCAUCUCAACCAGGUACACCUGUUUACUACCGCAGGCCCCAGCGACCCGUCACAGGCGUACCGAAUCUAGAUACGUUAGCGUCCAAGUCGACGCCGCAAGUUCACUUUGCAUCCCCAGAACCAUCGUCUCCUCCGUUAAUGUGCGGGUCCCCGUUCAUUGCAGACCCUGCUCGCCCACGGACGAACUCUCGUAAUUUCACAAUUGACAGUAUUGUAUCGCCUCAUCUGCUAAGAAAGCAGUACUCCUGAAUGAGAAACACAGUACCACACGACAUCCUCGUUUGCCGAAGUCCUUUUGAUCGACGUGCUGUUGUUGAGACUGUGUUCUCGUCUAAUCUUUUUCCGACACAAUGUGCAUAGUAAUUUCCACGCGGAAAUAUCGCUUUUGAUACUUG